AUGAGAGCUGACGUCUACAUUGAGACCCUCACCAGUGUCAGUUAUUCUCAAUCGCUCACUAAGAUGGAGAGGCCAAGACUUGCUCUCAUCGUGCUUAUGUUUUUACUGUUCCAUCAGACAAGAAUCUAUGGAGAAGAAGUGGAGAUGAAAGUCAGACCAGGAGACAACAUCACUCUCUACUGUGAUCGCUCUUUAACUUACGGUUCCCUCAUUUUAUGGAUAAGAAACUGCUCUCAUGAAAAUCAACCGUCUCUCAUAAUAGAUUUUACGAAAUGGGAACUGAAGAUAUUUCAGCGUUUCAGCUCUAUCUACAACCGCUACAACAACUCUUAUGAUCUACAUAUUACUAAUACUAGUGUCUCUGAUCUGGGACUGUACUACUGUGCAGAACAAGAGAAUAAGGUAAAUAAAGAUGAAAAAGGCAUCAUCUCCUCAUCAAAUGUGUACUAUUAUGGAAACCGAACAACUCGUCUCUCUCUGGAAUGUAAGGAAACACUUCUGCUAUGUGUGUCCGGUUGUGUGCUCUGCUGGGCGCUUCUUUUCAGUGUUUGUCCGGUGUGUGUUCUCCUCUUCUCCAUCUGUGUGUUCUGCUUCUGUUUUAAGAAAACUACAGAUGCUGUGAGAGAUCAAAAAGACAAGUUAAAAGGUAGAAAUACCGCUGAGUGCAUGGAUGAAGAGGUGUGUUAUGCAUCUUUAGACGUGAUCACCAAGAGACAAAAACAACGCAAGACAAAGCGAGUGCAGAGUUCUGACUUCAGUACUUAUGCUCAGACUGGUGCAUGUUAG